AUGACGUAUACGGUUUAUGACGACAUCCUGACUCUCAACCUGGUGCAGGAGGCCUGUUCACUACUGGAUGUGUCUGCAGAUGUAUUUCUGAAGCUUUUUGGAGAACAUUUCUUUAUGUUCUGUAAGCACGCAGGCUAUGACACCAUGCUGAGGACACUGGGAGCAAAUCUCAUUGAAUUCAUUGGAAAUCUGGAUGCUCUCCACAGUUACCUGGCUCUGUCCUAUGAGGAAAUGAAUGCACCUUCUUUCCGAGUGGAGAUGGCAGACGAUGGAAAGAUGCUGCUUCACUACUAUUCUGACAGAAAGGGCCUGUACCAUAUUGUACCUGGUAUCAUGGAGGCAGUUGCCAGAGAGUUUUUUGACAGCAAAGUGACCAUGGUGGUUCUCAAUCAAUCCGAGGAAAUGGAGCGCACGGGGAAGAAGGAGCAUGUUGUGUUUCUGGUCAAACAGACUAACCAGGCUAGCAAGACUAGAGACCAGGACUGUUCCAGUCAUAGAGGGGAGGCAUUAUUCAGAACAAUGAGGGAGCGGUGUGUGUCACUGGCUGGGAGAAAAAGAGGCUGGGCCCUGAUCAGAGCCGUGGUUCUCUCAGAUAAAGGCAGCCUCCAUUGCACCUUCAGUCCAUGUUAUCCAAACAAGCUGUGGGUGGAAGAGAAAGCUUUCUGCAAUGCUUUCCCCUUCCAUAUUGUCUUUGAUGAGGAUCUGAAGGUCAGGCAAACAGGGGUGAACAUUCAAAAGUUUCUUCCAGGUCUCCAGGCCAGAGAUGCUAUGUUGGACCAAUGCUUUACCAUCAUACACCCACAGGUGACUUUUACCAUUGAGAGCAUCAGGAAAUUCAUCAACAGUCAGUUUGUCUUGAAGGGCUACAACGACAAACACGCAUCGAUCAAACUGAGAGGUCAGAUGUUGUGGAUGGAGUCUCUCGGCUGUAUGUUGUACCUGUGCUCCCCGAAGCUUCGAAGCCUCCAGGAACUUCAAGAUGUCGGCCUCCACUUGGCUGACCUGGCCCAGCAUGACGUCACCAGAGACCUGGUUCUCCUCAACCAGCAACGUCUCGCUGAGAUGGAGCUCACCAACCAGCUGGAGAGGAAAAAAGAGGAACUGAGAAUCCUGUCACGGCACCUCGAAGAAGAAAAACAGAAGACAGAGACUCUGCUGUACGCCAUGCUGCCGCGCCACAUAGCCAAUCAGCUGAAGGAUGGGAAGAGCGUAGAAGCAGGGGAGUUCGAGGUGUGCACUAUUUUGUUCAGUGACGUGGUAACCUUCACAAACAUCUGUGCUGCCUGUGAGCCCAUCCAUAUUGUUCACAUGCUCAACUCCAUGUACUCCAAGUUCGACCGACUCACCAACAUACACGACAUCUACAAGGUUGAGACAAUUGGUGACGCAUACAUGGUGGUGGGUGGCGUUCCAGUCCCAACAGAAACCCAUGCUCACAGAGUGGCAAACUUUGCUUUGGGUAUGAAGAUAGCUGCCAGAGAGGUCACCAACCCUGUAACAGGCAAACCCAUACAGAUCCGGGUGGGUCUCCAUACUGGUCCAGUGUUAGCUGGGGUGGUGGGGGAGAAGAUGCCUCGCUACUGCCUGUUUGGAGACACUGUUAACACUGCCUCCAGGAUGGAGAGUCAUGGAGUCCCUGACCACAUUCAUCUCAGCACUUCCACAUAUAGUCAGUUAAAGGAUGCUGGGUUCAACAUACAAGAGCGUGGGCAGAUUGAGGUGAAGGGUAAAGGCCAGAUGACCACUUACUUCCUGGUGGGGAACCCGUUGGUGUCAGAAGAUAGCAUCAUGGGAAGAGAGGUUGGAGGGACCUGUCUGUACAGGGAGCACCUCUAUGGCCAGAACAAAACAGAGUCAGACACAGAGCCUGAUGUGAAAAGUGAGCCUGAGCCAAGAGACACACCCUCGGAUGGAGCCAUCAACCCCCACCCCAGCCGAUUGCACACCGUCACUCCCUUUGCCUGGGACAUCACCCCACCGUAUGACACCACCGACAAUACAUCGGCAACCAACUUCAACAGUAGACUCUGUGUUUUAUUCUGACGGAGAACCACCUGAGCCUCUUAUUGCCCAUUGAAAUUUUGAUUAAUUUGAUUGAUUUGAUUAAUCCCUCAUUUAACACGGAGCUAUACUGCCAUCUUGUGGCGAUAGUUAAGAAGGGUUCCCAUAAGGAAUCCCAUAUUAUAUUUCAAGUUAAAUAUAGUUGGAUUGAUUAAUCAACUGGUCUUUAUUAAUAUGUGCUUCAUCAUUUAGUAUGUUGAAGUAACUGCAGACUAGGUUUGUUUGUGUACAAAAUAUUUAUACUUCAUUAAGUUUCCUCCGAAGUAAAGUAACGUCUAAACUAAGAGACCCGCCUUGCCUCAAACACGCCCACUCAACAUGGUCGGAUAAAACUACUACGCACUUUUCUUUCCUGUUACUUCUUUCUUUCCUCUUUAUUUUGUUCCUUUACUUAAUUUUACUUUUAUUUCUCUUCUUUCUUUUGCUGUCCCUCCUUCUAGUUAAACUCUUCAUGCCUUAACCCGUUACGCCCUUAAACUCGGUUCUUGCGUAACUCUUUCGUUUGCUCGACACGUCCAGGAUUGUCUUGUCUGUCCUGAAUUUUCUUUCUUUCUUUCUUUCUUUCAACAUUAUACCUGAAACAACGAAGCCAGCCGGUUGCAACAUUUUUCUACCCGUUGAUAAUAACUUUGAUAAUAAUAUCGAACGGCCGGCGAGAUUGUUUUUAACCUUAUUCUAAGCAAGCAGCUAAAUAGAUGAGCGACUAUUCGACUUGCAACUAAAUCCAAGAUUCAUAAGAUCCAGCGGCUGCCAGCCACUUGUCAAAGUGUCCGCAAAGCAGGGAUUCUUUCGCCAAACCAAGAGACUUUCUGCAGCCUAAGAGAACCAACGUUUGAGGGCCACCUGAAAGACGUCACAGUCAGGCUCAACCGCUCCUCCACCACUGUGUUCCGGCCGAUUUCAUUCUGCUGGGAAGUCCAGGAGCCUCAAAGUGACAGUCCGGAGUCCUCGGAGAAACGUCACCCAGAGCCAACUCUGCUCAAAGUAGGCAAAAUUUCCCGCACCUGAUGCAGCCGCUGUGUUGUGAUAAGAAUUGAUGUCGGAUAGGAGACUUAAGCCACUUUUACACUGCCAGAUUUUCCUCAAAUGUUGGGCCAAUUUGCCAUCCAGCUGCGAGCGGCUGUUGAAGACUUGUGGGAGGAGCUGUUGAUGACGCCGCACGUGCGAACCACUGGCGGUGGAUAAACAGGAAACAGCUGAUAGCAGGAAUUAGCAAGAGGGAAACACAAACCUGACAGACAAUGUAAAGAUGAGCAACUGGGGAGACAAGGAAUUGCGCGCCCUCCUUGUCCUCACAAACGAAGAGGCCAUUAACUGUCAGGUGACGGGGACAGUGAAGAACGGGUCGACUUAUGAGAGAAUCGCCAAAGGACUGACCAGCCGCGGCUUCCCUCCUACAUCACUGUUUACGUCACACGCUGAGCUACACGUUUUGUUACUUGCUCACGCCCCCCAUUGCCCCGAAAAAGGCGCAUUCUGUAAACAAAAGUAGGUAGGCGGCAUUUUGCUGCACUCCCCGAUUUUGUUUUUAUACUGCCAAUGCUGAAAGAAGACUGAUUGGGCUUUCCUGCAAAAUUGCACAAUUCCUAUAUAAAAAAGGACUUUAGUUAUUCUGAUCUUAAUUUAGGUUUUGUUAGGUAAAUGGUUUUGCGCAUCCCUGCGUCCCCAGUUUAUCUAUAGUCACAUACUCUUUCUCACUGUCGCCAAACUAAAUAACUGACGAAGGGGUUACCUCUUGUCUUAAUCCAUUUACACAUACUGUUGUGUCAUUUCAUAUCAUCCUCGUUUCCUAUUCAUUUACUCAAUUGUUGAACAUUUAUCCUAAAUAAAAAUUCAUUUAUCGCCAAGUCGUUGUCUGUAGAGAUCUCUUUUGAGCAGGAAGUAAGAUCACUGUAUAGUGAAUUCAUAAUCAAGGGUGGUGCCCCUAAAUUUAUUACGAGUGCAAACAUUUUGUAAAGGUAUUGCUCCUACAUAUAUUACUGUAAUGCAUUACUUUUGUGAUGCUUUACACCCAGCAUUGUUCAACUGACAGCUUUCACACUAGCCCAAACAAACUGUACUAACCAGCAAACUGACCUGAGUUCGUUUUAAUCUAGUCUCUGUAUACAGACUCUACAUUCAGUGAAUGUAGAGUCUGUAGGCAAACCCCGGAGAUCUUGCCUCCGGAAGAAGAGCGAAAGAGCCCUGGUUUCCGGUGCUAGGCUGUUUGUAGUCUGCGUGAUAUUGAUCAAUCACGUUUGAGCCGGCUGCAGUUGUUGCCAGGUUAAACGCUCUGUGGGGUGAACUAAUGAGGCGGAACAUAAUUGGUGUCACUGCAAACUCUUAAUCCAUCGCAAUGGUUCAGCAUAUUUACUCAUAUAUAAACGGAAGUCAGAAACGGAAAUUCACCUCCUCAAACCGGAAUGCCAAAAAAUCGGGGGUCUGCCCCCAGAGGCUGUAUCACCAUCUGCUGGAAGUCAGACGCUGAGUACAGCCGAUGGGUUCCGAGAAUGAUUUUAAUCUAACCCAUCAGGUUAGGUGUGAAAGCAGCCUCAAGAAAAUGAGGCAACCCAAGAUCAGUCUGAAAAUUCUCUGAUGUCAAAGGUUGCAGUCCAAACACGUCCCUAUAUGCAUUUCUUGCCUUUAGGCCUUCUUCAAGAUGCAGUUGUUCUGAUUGCUGAUUUUGAAAAGGGCCCAAAGGCCAAAACUUCAUUAUCAAAAUAAAAGACAUGCAUAUGGAGCCAGAGUGCACCACACUUGUUUUCUAUGAUCAAAGGUUGCAGUGCUCCUGUUGAGUUCUUGAACAGAUGACUGGGCAGUUUUACAUAUAUGUUUUAGUCAUUUUCUACCACAGUAACCCAUAUUGUCACCCAUAGUGUAUUGCAUUCAAUAUUUUGGACAUAGAAGUUCCAUUUCCUAAGGUUAUUACACCACCAUCUGGUGGUUGGACUCUACUACAUAUAAUAUAACCAGAAAGGCAUGACUCUGCUCUGUAUGAUGUUUGUGUGAGAAAACAUCCUUGUGAUAAUCAUCAGAUUUAAUUUAUCUUAACAUAACUGAUGAAAUUGCUGCUAUGCAUGUUUGCAUAAAGAAAAUAAGAGCCUUGAGAGAGUCCUGCACCGAGGUUAAGGGAAUUGUUUUGUCAGUGACUCGAGGUUUCAAAGCAAUAGUAAUUGCAUCAGUUUUGCGUUUCAGACUUUCACACAUCACAACCAGCCCUGCUGACAAAGAGAGAGCAGAGGGCUGAUAGAUGGAGCACACGGCUUUAUUAGUGUGCAAUUUUAGAAAUGACUUGAAAUGGCACAUAAGCACAUGAGUAAUGUGAGUGCUCA